AUGGACGAAAAGACGAAGCUGGCACAAGCCGAGCAGGUGAAGAAGUUUGCCUUUUUCGGCGUCGCCGUUUCGACUGUCGCCACCCUUACGGCUAUUGUAGCGAUACCCAUGCUGUGCAUGUACAUGCAGAACGUGCAGUCUGGGCUCCAAGACGAGAUCAACUUCUGCCGAACGAGAGCAGUGUCAUUGCGUGGCGAAUAUGUUAAGCUCGAAUCAGAAACGAAAACCGAAAGUCGUGGGAAGCGUCAGACGUACCAAUGCUGUUCUUGUGGAAUGGGGCCGGCAGGUCCUGUGGGAAAUCCAGGACAGGAUGGCGCUCCAGGGAAUGACGGCCGACCAGGAGCUCCAGGUACACCCGGACCGGAUGCACCGAACGAUUACGUUGCUCCUCGACCAGAAGACUUCUGCUUCGAGUGCCCACCAGGACCUGCAGGAGCCCCCGGACAGCCCGGACCCAAAGGUCCUCCAGGAAAUCCUGGUAUACCCGGUGAGCAAGGACCACACGGUCGACCGGGUCCUAGCGGUGCUCCAGGACCACAAGGUCCAAUCGGAGAGCCUGGAGCUGACGGUCUUCCUGGAAAACCUGGUGCGCCUGGACAAAUACGUGCCGUGCCCUCACCACCAGGACCGCCCGGAAUGCCAGGAGAACAAGGACCACCAGGACCACCAGGAGAAGAUGGUCGUCCGGGAAAUCCAGGUCAGGCUGGUCCUCCUGGCCCACAAGGAGACGCCGGACAAGAUGGAGCUCCUGGAAAUCCGGGUGCACCUGGGGAACCUGGACCACCAGGAAUGGACGGAAGCAAAGGUGGAUGCGAUCACUGCCCUAUUCCUCGCACGGCUCCUGGUUAUUAA